UCGAUUUAACACUUCAGCACCUGCAUCAAGGGAGGGGAAAGCAGCCACACGUUUAGCCCGGCUGAGGAUUUGUUCCCAAGUCCGUUCUUCCUCAUCCAAACUUCUAAACUGAGCCUCUCCACCUGCUCACUCAGAAACCCGGGAGCCCCCCCCCACCCCGCUUCACACUCGCGCGCACCCCAUUUCUGAGCUGCGCUCCCUCUGUCUUCUUCAAGAUGUCUAAGGUUGCCAAGUACCGCAGGCAGGUGAGCGAAGACCCUGAUAUUGACAGCUUGCUGUCGACGCUGUCUCCCGAGGAGAUGGAGGAGUUGGAGAAGGAACUGGAUGUGGUGGAUCCCGAUGGGAGUAUUCCUGUGGGGCUCCGGCAGAGGAACCAGACGGACAAGCAGUCCACAGGCUUGUACAACCGUGAAGCCAUGCUCAACUUUUGUGAGAAGGAGACCAAGAAACUUAUCCAGAGGGAGAUGUCAAUGGAUGAAAGCAGGCAAGUAGAAACCAAGACAGAUGUCAAGAAUGGAGACGAAAGGGGUAGGGAUGCCAGUAAAAAAGGCCUUAGUUCCAAACGGGACUCAGAGCUGGGAAGAGAACAGAAGAAGGAGAGUCCAAAGAUAAACAGACACAAAGAGAAAGAUGAAGCAGAUGGCAAAAGCAAAGAGAAGUUCAAGGAUGACAAAGUCUUGAGGGGCAUCGACAAGGGCAGGGUCAGAGCCGCUGUGGACAAGAAAGAGACAGGGAAGGAUGGGAAAGAAGAAAAGACUGUGGCAGCCAGGAAGGAGGACGAGAAGAAAGGGAUUGAAAGGAGCAGAAGUCUGAACAAAGAGAAGGAGAAGGGAGGAGAUAAAAGUGAGGCAGAUAAAAAAAAGGAGGAAGAGAAACCAAAGACAGGGAAUGGCAAAGAGGAGGCCAAGAAAGAAGAGGGCAAAGUGAAGAAGGGGGAGUCUGUCACCCAAAAGGAGCCCAAGGAUGACACCAAGGCCAAGGAUAUUAAGGCAGCAGAGUCUGAGAAGCCCAUCCCCAGUAGCCCCGCCAAGGCCCCAGAGACUCCAGCCAAGGCGGAAGAAGAAGCAGCUCCCAGCAUCUUUGAUGAACCUCUGGAAAAGGUGAAGAACAAUGACCCAGAGAUGACAGAAGUAAACGUCAACAACUCAGACUGCAUCACAAAUGAGAUUUUGGUCAAAUUCACCGAAGCACUGGAAUUCAACACCGUGGUCAAAGUGUUUGCCUUGGCCAACACUCGGGCCGAUGACCACGUGGCUUUUGCCAUCGCCAUCAUGCUCAAGGCCAACAAGACCAUCACCAGUGUGAACUUGGACUCGAAUCACAUCACUGGCAAGGGCAUCCUUGCCAUCUUCCGGGCUCUGCUCCAGAACAACACACUGACGGAGCUACGCUUCCAUAAUCAAAGACACAUCUGCGGGGGCAAGACAGAAAUGGAGAUUGCCAAGCUCCUUAAGGAGAACACCACGCUGCUCAAACUAGGCUAUCACUUUGAGCUGGCAGGACCCCGGAUGACUGUCACCAACCUGCUCAGCCGCAACAUGGACAAACAGAGGCAGAAAAGGCUACAGGAGCAGAAACUGGCACAGGGUGGAGGGGGGGAGAAGAAGGACCAGCUGACAGUACCCAAGAUUGGGACCUUGCCCAAGGGCUCCCCUAAGCCAUCACCACAGCCAUCCCCAAAGCCCUCCCCGAAGAACUCCCCACAAAAGGGUGGCACUCCGGCUGCUCCACCCCCACCCCCACCUCCUCUGGCUCCACCCCUCCUGCCAGAGAACCUGAGGAAUUCCCUUUCUCCAGCCACCCAAAGGAAGAUGGGAGAUAAGGUCCUCCCAGCACAGGAGAAGAACUCCCGGGACCAACUGCUAGCUGCCAUACGUUCCAGCAACCUCAAGCAGCUCAAGAAGGUGGAAGUACCCAAACUGCUUCAGUAGGACGAGGCACCCAGCUCUCCCGACUGGAGGGGCCUGGGGACAUUGCCUGCCCAUCCCAUAACUGUGCCCAGCCCAAGCCUCCUAGAAUGAUGCACAUCUCCCCCAACCUCGGCUUCCAGCUGUGGAGGGACCUGCUCUGUGAAAGGAGUCCCAGGAGAGAGGCCAGGGACCCUGGAGUCCAAGCCAUAUUCAAGGAAAGACACCUCCCUUAACUUUACCUUUCUUUUCUUGUCUUUGAGAUGCUCCAAGGAUUUCUUUACCAUGGAAUAGAGGGUUAUGGACUAGAAGAGCCCAUCUAGUGUGCCACUCAGAAGGUGGUACUGUUUCUGGGCGCCAUGCUCCCAGCUAUUUGUGGAAGACUGAUGGCUAGAGAAAUGCUCAGCAAGGACCACACGACACUCUUCUCUCUUUACUCCCAACGUCUGCUGCUCCUGUGGCUGGGAUUCGGCUCUCCGAGGAGCCCAGGAGGCAUAGUUCUUGGGUUGGUGGGUCUCUGCAUGGGGUACUGCCAGGAGGAGAAAGCUGGCUUGGUAUGGAAGGGUACAGGUGGAUAGAAGGCAACAAGGAAUCCCAUUUGGGCUGCACAUAAUUGGAAGGAAUUUAGGGGUUUUUGGAAAGAGAGGUGAGAAAGUCACCCCAAAAUCCUUGCAUCCAGGAAGAAGGUUCCUGGAACGUGUCUGUGUUGCUUGGAAAGGAAGUGGUAGGAAUGGAUGAACUCUGAAGGGGGUGUAAUGGAAGGGAAGGGAAGGGAAGGGAAGGGGCUGGCUGCUGGGCAGGAAUGAGAAAGGGGCACAGCCAGAAUGACGGUCAUACUGGGCACCAAGAGGCAUUUCCCUCACAUCUACCGGCUACUGUAUAGAAUAGCUGUUAUCUGUUUUUCCAUAAGAUUUUGAUAAUAUAUACAAACCUUUAGCUGCC